ACAAGCUGAGCUCCAAAUGGAAAGCUGCCAACAAAGCCCCUGGCUGUUGACUGAAGUUAACAACUCCUCCUCAUCAACCAAAACCCUAACUCAAAACCCUAAAGAGCGGAGGAGCUCGGCAAAGAGGCCAGCUUCAUCUAUGAAGCUCUCCACCGACCCUCAGAGCGUCGCGGCGAGGCAAAGGCGACAUCGGAUCAGCGACCGGUUUAGGGUUUUGAAGAGCUUGGUCCCUGGAGGGAGCAAGAUGGACACUGUGUCAAUGUUAGAGGAGGCAAUUAACUAUGUUAAGUAUCUUAAGACCCAGAUUUGGCUUCAUCAGGCUGCAGAAGCUUUGAUAGUUAACCCUAAUCAUGACCAUCAUCAAGAGCCCACUAAUCUUAGUUUUGGAGCUAAUUGCUUUGGUGAUGUUGGUACUAGUGUUGUUGACACUAAUGCUAGCGUUUGUACUAGUGAGGAGAUGUUAAGUUAUUCAUUACCACCUCCUCCACCAAGUCUUGUUCCAUUUCCUUAUUGCUCAUAUGAAGGUGGAGAGGAGAUGAACCCUAACUUUAGUGUUAAUUACUACUAGCUAACAAGCUUGUAUGGCUAGAUUUGGGUCAUGAAAUA